CCAGUGUGGCAGUUGAAUCGCCCUUCUUUCUUUGGGGAUCUGGCGUAAAUCACAUUAAAUCCAUGCCCGGCCGCAGCUUUGUAGCCAACGAGACGGGCUUCAGGAUGCCCUUGCAUGUCCUCAAUCCUCCUCACCUGACAGCUUUAAUGAGUGCCCUUCUAGGAGUCCCACCACCCGUGUAUAGCCGCGGAAUGCUGCCCAAGGGAAUGCUUAACUCCAGCUUGCGCUAUGAGGCCAAUGCUAUGCUGACCAAUGCCAAGCAGCUUCUCGCACAGGCUCGCCGGCUUAGGGAACUCCAUCCCAAGAAGUUACCCGCCUUCUGGCUAAACUUUCAAAUGAUGGAUAACUUUUUAAAGGAGUCAUUAGCCCUCAAGAAGCAGCGACGCUUCAGGGCUCUCUUGGAUUAUAGCUGCAAUUUUAUGCCCGUGCUGAUCAUGGGAAUGGACUACUUCAAGGAUUACUAUAGACAUGUUUUGGUUAUAGCAGUGAGUUUUGCUGGAAUCGGUUGGAUAUAUUGCCUGCGCUGUCAUCUAACAGUGGGAAAGAAGUGCAGAGUGCAAACGGAAAUCCAGGAGGUAACCUCCUCCAAACGUUUGGUGUAUGCCCGUGGAUUUCAUCGAUUGCUUACUGGUCUCCUGGUGAUUUUGAUGAUGCUCGAAAGAAUUCCAUUGGUGGUACAGGCGAUUCUGCUCAUCCCCUCACUGUACUGGAUGACGACGCUUAAAGUUAUGGGUGAGAGACCAAAAAUGGUAUGCCGUAAAAGUUUGAUAUCCACUAUAUUACUGGCUUUAAUCUGCUUGGGUGGCUUUUUACGACGGUACAUCCUGGCAGUGGGCUACUUUGGAUUUGCUUCCUAUAACAACAGAGAUGCCUUCCAGAGACGUGGACUUCAGUUCUACCUGUGGCUGCUCCUUCUCCUUGGGCUCACCGGGUUAUCAGCCCUUCCAGAAUCGCUGGGUUGUUCCCAGCCCAGUGCCCUUAUGUUUAGUAUCCUUCUAACUAUUCUGCGUCCGUUGGCCUGUGGGGUGUACCUCAACCUCCUCACGUGGCUGAGCAAUCUACUGGUUUUCCUCGCCGCCUUGGAGUACAUACUGAUCGGCUGGCAUCCGUGGGUGACGUAUAUGGUAUCCUGGAUCUAUUUGGGAUUUGUGGCCAUUUGGCAGAGACGCAAUCUGCAGGCCAGCGAGGUGUUCUUCUUCAACCUGAGCACUCUGUACACCCUUACCUGUACUUCUUAUGAAUCGGUGGUCAUCCAAAUGCUGGCCAUGGAGUUGCAGCUGGCCCUGCGGAUGAAACUGAACAGAAAUGAAAGCAUCGGUCCGAAGACAGCCGCCCACUACAUACUAGUGUACAGCUGGUACUCCCUUUUCGUCAUUGGCAGCUUUCCGGCCUUCGAUGAUUACCUGGAUAUCUUGCACGAGACCUGCUUUGGAUACUCACCGCUGACUUACGGCCUGGUUAUGGUGUUGAAGCUAAUCCUUCCCUGGCUGCUUGUGCUCUGUAUACUGGCGGGAAACUACAAGAAUCUGGCUUCACUCGAACGGCAAAUCUUUGUGAGGCUGUUGCUUAUGAACAGUGCGAUGUCGCUAGUGCUUCUGCACGGGGUUACUGAUGUUGGUCCUUGGAUGGAGAUCCUCAGCAGACUCGCUGAGUUUGCGGUGGUCCAGGCAUUUCCAGUUCUCUGGCUGCUACUGUGGCGACUGACACAGCUUAAAGUGGGCUCCAAGUGGAUGUUGCAGCUUCCCAAAUGAAUUACGGUUCUUUAAUUACAAUUGUUUAAAUAAAGCGAAGAAA